AAGAGGUGUGACCUUCGCAUCAUUUCACAUUCCUGGAAAGUACCCCACCUAACAGUCGCAGAGCGAAGCGCAACACUCGCCUUUCCCACACCUCGGCUCAUUAUCCUUCUGCUAACUUAUUCUUGUAGGGGAGAGCCAAAUUUUACCCCAGUUAUUAGUCUGCCCCGUUCGCUGCCAACUUGUGAGAAGUUACUCUCAACUUCAGCCUGGAUUUCACCUGAAGCCGAGACUUCCGGGGUUCCGGCAACUAAAUGCUCUGGGAAGUUUGAUACAGUAUUGAAAAGUGAAACCAAAUCCGACUGAAUUUUCCUUUGAGGACCUUGCUUACAACAUGGCAGUAGCAACGCCAAUACCAAUGAUCGAUUUUCGAUCCAACAGCGCUCAAAUGAACAACACAGAAGAGACACUCCUUCCGGAGCCGGAGCCGUCCCUCCAGGAAGGACGGAAUAGACAAUGGAACAUUCAGUGUUGCAGAGAGACAUACAAUAGAAAUAUCCGCAAUAAAAUCAAAAGCUGGAAGUGUAAAGUGCUGAUCGUGUUAUCUUCUAUAAUUUUAAUAACCACAAUCGUGAUUCUUGGCAUAAAAGCCACUUCAUAUGAUGAUGACUUUAUUGAUCCAAAACUCAAAAUUUAUGGAAUUUCUCAAUAUUACAUUGGACGUAUGACACGUGAACCAGUGAUACCUCAUUGUAAAAACUACUCAUUGGUGUUAAAAAAUAUGCUGUGGCAACUAUAUAACAAAUCUCCAGCAAUUGGAUAUUAUUUUGUGGAUAGUGGUGUGUUCUCAUGCAGCAACGUUACUACGUAUUUCUGGUUGCAAUUUGCAUUGCCAAAAGAACAUGACCUUUUGAUUAAAUAUACAUUAAGUGUGGGAAUACUGUUAAAUGUAUUACGACAACAUCUUUACCUUGAUGGAACAGCAAAGAAUAUGGAAGUCGUACCAUCUUCUGUCACACUACAGGUUGCUAAUGAUGGAUAUGUUCGAAGCUUGAAAACUGGUCAAUGUGUGUUACAUGUUCUUUUAUUGAGCAAAGAAAAGACAUUUGGUUCACUACGAUUAGGGAACUGCAGCAAAAACAACAACACCUAUUGGCUGGUGCAGGGACAAAGUGAUCACUCCAUCAAAACUGUAAUUUCAACUGAAGCUGAAGGAUCGGUCUGCACUGAUGUGAAUGUGACAAUGUAUAAUACAUGGAUCCCAGAUUCUAAGCAAACUGUUAGUAAAUUCAGACAAUCUGGUCUUUCUAUUACAAAUGAGAUUAUUAUUUCCGGGAACAUGCUAUUAAUCACCUUUAGCUCAACAGAAGAGUGUGACCUUUCACAAUAUUCAAUAACAUUUCUGCAAGUAACAGUAACAGAAUGUGGUGGUAUCCUUGGUGGAAUGAAUGGAAGCUUCACAUCACCCAGUUACUUGAACAAUCAUCAAGAAGAAAUAAACUGUACAUGGAAUCUGAAGGUUCAAGAACAUUUUAGAACCAUCAUAUUUUUCAAAGAAUUCAGGCUGGGAGGCUCUUCGGGGAUUGGAGAAUCAUGUGUGGCGGAUUAUCUGGAGGUCGAUGGUCAGAGAUUCUGUGGAGACCAUAAGCCAUUUUCGCUUCUUAGUAAUAGUUCCAGUUUGCAAAUAAACUUUCAUUCCAAGAAAAUAUACACACAAUAUUUUGCUGCUGACUACAUAGCCACUAAUUCACGUGUAAUUAUCUAAGUCACAUUCAUGAAACAAAUGAACGAGAAAGAUUCUAUCCAUACAUUCAAACUUUACCAUAUGAAAAGUCCACCACAGUUCUACAAGCAAGAUUCAAAGCAUCAGUGCUUGCGAGAACGAUGUUUAAACACUACAAACUCUAAGGGAAUCUGUUUCCAUAUCGACUGGUACAACAGAAAAGGUUUCUACAAAUCAUGCUGCAAAAAUGCACUGAGGAAGCUUUCAUGGGACACAAGGUGGUUUUUUUUGUUAAGCUAUCAAAUACCUGUUUACCAAUGAAGAAAAGAGUUUUGAGGAGGAUCAAUAAGUCAAAUCAUAGUUUUGGAUAUUAAAUAAGCAACACCAUUCCUGAUCCAAUAUGUUUUAAAACACAAUACAAUUAAUGAAAUGUUAAAGAUUCUAACAUCAGUAUUCAGCUGCAUCUGUAUUCUUUAGGUUCCUACUAAUUUCUGACCCCUCAGAAUCUCAAACCACUUUCCCAAUUCUGAGGCAUUGUGGACUUCCCUUGAAUCAACUGUUUUUCACGGAGUGAUCAUUGCAGCUUCUUAAUGAAAUUGCAUUACAUAUUAUCACAAAAAGACUAUCAUUCCAACAUCUGUUUGAUAACCUUGGUAUUCCCCAAAAUGCUUUGAAUAAAGUCACUGUUGAAAUGUGGAAAUAUGGCAUAGUGCACUUCCAUCUAAGUAAUAUUCCAUGGGAUCGCUGGUACAGUAGUAAGAAUUAAGACCAUAAACUUUCUGGGCCAUUGAGCCUAUAUUUUAGAUGCAUUACUGUUAGAAGCAUGGCAUUUCAGAACUGCAAAUAUCUUAUUCCAUUUCAAUGAUUGAGAAGUUCUAGCAUGUCAGGGCAAGAUGCAUAAUAUAGACAACUAAGUGUUUAUAACAUGAUAUAAAAUCAGAAAUUGCUAGCAAAAUGAAGUAGAUCUGGCACCAUCUGUGGAGAGGCAGAGUCCAAGAUGACUCUCCCUUGGAAGGUAAAUCGUGUGACAUUUUCUUCCAUUUAUGUCCAAGAUAAUAUUGGACAUGAGAGCCAUCUCUGAAUACUCUUGGCAUCCAGUGUUGAUGUAAAUGAGUUAAAAAUUCAAAAGCUGAUGGAGGCACAAUUGCUUUGCAGCAUAUUGUAGGCUGGCUAUCAGCAUUGCAAGGUUCCAUCCUUUUGUAAUUGAUUCUUGUUCAAGAUGCCUUGUUUUGUUACAAGAGAAAAAUAUUGCUUUCUUAAUUUAAGAAAUGUUUAUAUUUCAAACAAAAAUCUAAUAACUAUUUUCAAUAGUAUGUAUUUUGUAAUUU